CCUAGGGCUUUAUUUCUUCUGGGCAUUUUCUAUUGAGCUCUCUAACCGAACAAACAAUAUCCUUUUUCCAUAGAUCUCGUCAUCUAGCAGAGAAGAACAUGAGGAAGCAGUCCUCAAUCCAUGGGUUUUUCAAAAGAAAAAGUACCGAGCAAUCCGAACCCGAAGCCAAUACAUCAGCGUCUUUACCGUUGCCGAUUGAGCCAGAGGUUCCCAAUAUUUCUCAUCCCAAGUCAGCGCGAGUUGAUUCCAAUGAUGAUGAAAUUAGCUUCGCAUCUUUGGAGCGUGAUCCAGGGCGGCGUCAACAAAUAUGGCAGUACCUGGUUAAUAAGCAAGAUGCAGUUCGCCGAUUGUACAUCAAGCUCGGACCAAAUCAGCCUUUGCUUACCAAGUAUCCUCAAUCAGGACCACAAAAUCAUCGUCGUAGCUUUCAACCAACAUGAGUGGAGAUGCAGAUGCGGCUUACGAGGGAAUGACUUCAUUUCAGUUUGUUUCAUUCUACAUCUCAUGCGAGAAAUCAUGGGGAUCACAGAUGAUCUAUGUCGGGCUUUACAAAAAAAAUCCCAGGAUAUUUUGCAUGCCAUGACUCUUGUUGCCUCAACUAAAGCACUUUUACAAAGAUUGAGAGAUGAUGGAUGUGAUCAUAUACUUAUUGAGGUUGACAUUUUUAAUGCUGCAAUUGACUCUCAAUUGCAAGAACUGAAUAGCCGAUUCAAUGAGAAUGUGGUGAAGUUGAUUGUCCUCUGUUCAGCUUUAGAUCUCCGUGAAAUUUGUAAGUCUUUUAGAAUUGAUGAUGUUUAUGAAUUAAUAGACAAAUUCUAUCCAAAAGACUUUGAAGAUCAUGAGAAGGCGCGUCUGAAAAUACAACUUCAACAUUUUUACAAUGAUGUGAUUCGACUUCCGGAAUUCAAGGCUUUGUUAACUAUUUCUGCGAUGGCUCAAUGGCUUGUGAAUACUAGAAGAUCAAUUGCAUACCAUCUGGUAUAUAUGGUAGUUUCUUUGGUGCUCACUCUUCCUGUCUCAACAGCAACUACAGAGCGAGCAUUCUCAGCUAUGAAAAUAGUGAAAACUAGACUUCGCAACCGAAUGGAAGACGAUUUUCUUACGGACUCUUUGAUUAUGUACAUUGAAAAAGAAAUCGUUGAGAAGAUUAGUAUAGACUCAAUUAUUGAUGACUUUCGCAAUAUGCAAACUCGACGAGUCGCCUUUUGA